UAUUUCCGGUUCCGGCUGGCGUGGGGUUCCGGUUGGCGGUGAUCUGUGUGUGGAGUGGCGUUCCCUGCCUCCGCAAUCCCGCGCUAUGCCCCUGCACAAGUUCCCUGUCUGCCUGUGGAGGCGGCUGCGGCUGCAGCAGGGCAUCUGUGCGCGCCUGCCCGGGCAUUACCUGCGUUCUCUGGAGCCGGCGCGGAUGCCCGCGCCUGUGCACUAUCGGCCGCACGGGGCCAAGUUCAGGGUUAAUCCCAAGAACGGGCAGCGGGAGCGCGUGGAGGACGUGCCCAUUCCCAUCUACUACCCCCCGGAGUCACAGCAGGGGCUGUGGGGCGGCGAGGGCUGGAUCUUGGGUCACAGAUACGCCAACAACGACAAGCUCUCAAGAAGGGUGAAGAAGGUGUGGAAGCCACAGUUGUUUCAGCGAGAGCUUUACAGUGAGAUCCUGGACAAGAAGUUCAUGGUGACUGUGACCAUGCGGACCCUGGAUCUCAUCGAUGAGGCCUAUGGAUUUGACUUCUACAUCCUCAAGACCCCAAAGGAGGAUCUAUGUUCCAAGUUUGGGAUGGACCUGAAGCGAGGGAUGCUGCUAAGGCUUGCCCAACAGGACCCCCAAUUGCACCCGGAUGACCCUGAGCAGAGGGCGGCCAUCUAUGACAAAUAUAAGGAGUUUGCCAUCCCAGAAGCAGAGGCAGAGUGGGUUGGGCUGACGCUGGAGGAGGCUGUGGAGAAGCAGAGGCUUCUGGAAGAGAAGGACCCUGUCCCUCUGUUCAAAGUCUACGUGGAAGAGCUACUCCAGCAGCUUCAGCAUCAGGCAUUGGCGGAGCCUGCAGUACAGAAGAGAGCCAGCGGGAAGUGACCACAGGGCCCUUCCCUGGACACAGAACCUGGGGUGUACAGGCUAUCUGUGGGCAGUGGUUGAAUCCUGGCCAUACAGCUCCUGGGCUGGGUUGGCUUUGCAGAGGCUCCUCCCAGAGGGGGUCCCAUGCUCUUUAUGUUCACAGCAGGACCAAGACUGAGUAAAGUCUGAACCAAG